GCGGAUACAUGGUGUGAUGCAGCCCCUUGUCCGGUGAUACAGCCUUGCGCUUCCAUGUUGGAAAUGGACUGGUCAGAUGCGAAAAGUAAGGCUUCGAGCACACCCCCUUUCUCUCCAAUCAGCCUGGUGGCAGCGAAGACGAAUGGCUUUCCUCACACUUGCGCGAUUCUUUCAAGCCUUUUAUGCUCACUCUAUGCAUAAACCUCAGACCUUCUGUUUGAAUUGGCCAGGAUGUGCGACCUCAAUUUGGAAUACAGCUGUAACAGGUAGCCUUAUACGGCAGACCCAGUUUCGGGACCUCUAAUUCAGCAACUGUCAUUUGCAGUAACCAAGCUCAAAUCAUUCUCUUGUGGAACCAUUUGUUCAAGCCGGUAUAAUAGAAUAAUAUGGAUCCUCUUUCGAUCACGGCGUCUUCUAUAGCUGUCAGCCAGCUGGCUGUUGUACUUACUAAGGGCAUGCGCAAACUCGUCCAGUUGCGUCAUGUUCCAGAACAGGUUCUGCAGCUGAACAAUGAGCUGGCGGAAAUCAACUCCGUGUUUGCUAAAGUCGAUCAUCUGAUCACGAGGUCCUGUCUGGGGAACCCAGAUGACGAGAAACUCUUACACAGCCUCCUCGACCGACUCAAAGAUCCCAUGUCCCAGUUGGAAAAUCUGAUAAAACUGCUAUCAAUCGACCACGAUGAUGAAAAGACUAACGUAGAAUUCUCUAAGCGUGCAUGGUUAAAGCAUGGCUCGAAAGCUCAACGACUCCUCAUCUCACUUAGAGAGCUGCGCGUCAAUGUCAACGAUGCGUUGCUCAUCAUCUCAGCAACUGAGAAUGUUCAUUUCCGUACCGAGCUUCGCGCUGUAGCCGUUGCAGCAGCACGGACUGAGAAGAGCAGGCUCCACGAACAAAGCAAGUCACAGCGUGGUCUCGCGGCCAUUAAUGAUACGCUGUUGACCUUUGCGCCUCUUAUGCAGCAUAUUCAGCAAACCUUGGACGAUGAUAUGGAAGCCAGACAACAUAAUGGACGUGUCAUUCGACGUAAUGACACAUGCUCAGGCCCUGGGUCUCUUAGCACCCAAUACCAGCAGCCUAUCGAGUUUCGCACAACUGUUCAGGCGCCGAAGGCAUGCGCUGCAGCUUGCCCAUGCAGUUGCCAUCGCAUGGCCGUUUUACAAUAUCCUGCCUGGGCAAAGAAACUCGUCGGGCAGCUCUUCGUUGGUUACUCGGGCAUCCCCCUGCUCAACUCAAACGCAUGCAGCGAACGAUCCUGUAAAAGUGGACGCCGAGUACUAGUAAAGGUCUCUUACUUCUUUCCACGAUGGCUCGUAUCCAGAAUGAUCUUCUUUAUGAGUGACUCCAACAGUUACGACCAUGGAAGUCCCAUGAUCCGGAUACCCAAGGUUGUGUCGUCAGAUUCUGAAAUCUUUAUCCUUGCCCAGAAAGGCAAUAUUCCCGGCAUGCAGAGAUAUUUCUCUGAAGGAAAGGGCUCAAUAUUCGACGUCAACGAUACCGAGGGUCGUUCUCCGAUCCAUUUGGCGAUAUCUGCUAGGCAGCCAGAAGCAUGCGCUUUCCUGAUGUCACUAGGUGCAGAUUCGAGAGUGGAAGACAGAUUUUCGAUCUCACCCAUCGAUCUGCUUUGGAAUUACCUUCUCCAGAAUGACCGCCGAGGGGACAAAUCAGCCAUGCAGUCUCCGUUCGAGGCGCUGCUCGAUGAUGGCGAUGAUCUAGUCAAACGGCGCCUCACCCCUCUCCAUAGGAUCAUUUUUGGACUCUCAGAGAUUGAUUUAGACUCAUACCUGCGACUUACCACAGCUGAGAUUGACGUGCAGUGCUCGCAUGGACGAACACCGCUGUUCUGGGCAGCGAUUCGUCACAACCCUGACCACCUUAAGACUCUGCUUGCGUACAACGCAUCUGUAGAGAUUGCUGACAGCAGAAAGCAAACUCCUAUACACGUCGCUGCAGCGUACGGGCUUUUGGAAUCGUUGGAAGUGCUUCUAGAAGCUGCCACGAAGCCGUAUGGUACCAGCCACGCCUCGACAAACCCCAAGUUGGCACGGUGGGUAAAUGGAUUAGACAUCAAGGGAAGAACGCCUCUCCAUGGUGCUAUACAUGGACGACAGCCGCAACACGCUGAAAUGCUGCUCAAGUACGGGGCCGAUGUGGACGUCCCGGACUCGGUUCUCGAGCAGACCGCAUUGAUGCUGUGCAUAUACUGGGGCCACAGUCACUUGAUCUGGAUCUUGCUUCAACACGGUGCGAGCUUAACUCUCCGCGACAGGCAUGGCAUGAACGCACUUCACUAUGCUGCACAGUAUGGAAGCGAGGAUACGAUAGACGCCCUCACGCAAAAUAUACCUCCCAACACUGAUCUCGAUCCGGAUGGUGUCGACAACCGUGAUAAGACAGCUUUGGAACUUUUUACAUACUUACGGCCUCUGACAUUGAAGGAGGAAAUCGAUACAAGGAUAGAAGCCGGAAUAGCCUUUCAUCGUUUACUGAGGGUUGUACAGAGCAGAUUCCGCCCGCUUGAUAGCGAGACUUGUAUACUGGAUAUUGGAGAUGAAGACGAGUUUUUUGACUGUCCACUUGGUCCAGUCAGCGAAAUCGCCCACAAUUCUCCACCAGUAUGAACAUGCCGGCAAAAAGGAAGACGAUAAUGAUAAUCGCGAGAGCUUUCUCCAAUGCUAGGACGCCGAUACCGGAAGCGGGCUGAAUGGCCAACUCCGCAACAACAGACUUGACAAAGUUGUUAUCGACCUCGGUGAGUGCGACAAUGAUCAAAAUUCAGUACUUCGCAUCUGGGCUGGCAUUGAGAAUCAUGGUCAGUAGCUUGGACAACGCUUGGUGUCGAAAUUGCUGGAGGCUACAUCGGUCCCCAUGAGCGCGCUAUAUUACGCACGUCGAUGACGAAUAGUUUGGCGCAGGUGGGGUCGAAGAGCGUGUCGACGCCUGGAUCCUUCUGAGACAACUCCACGCAGGCUACUC